AUGACUCUAAUCCCAGUUAUUCAUGCUGAUACGGUACCAGGAAAUUGGCCGCCUCCCGACUUGCCGCCGCCUCCAGUUGCUUCUUGGACGGCGUUGGUGGAUAAAACAAAAAUACCAAAAAUUCCUGUCAGAAACAUUUCCGCACCCUGUGAUCCCAAGGAUCCGUAUUGUACGUGGACUUGUUACAUCUGCACUCGACCGAAGACCGAUUUCACCUAUUGCCCCAACAAGACAGAUUGGGCUUUGACAUACGACGAUGGCCCUGGGCCAAACACAGAAAACGUUCUCUCCGCGCUGGAUUCGAAAGGCGUUAAAGCGACAUUUUUCGUUAUAGGCUCCAGAGUUCUUCAACAUGCUGAUGUUCUUAAAAAAACAGUGGCGGCCGGACACCAGAUUGGAGUGCAUACGUGGUCACACACCAUGCUCACAACUCAAUCCAACGAACAAAUCAUCGCUGAAAUCAAAUGGACGGAAAAAAUAAUAAAGAAUGUAACCGGCCUUACGCCAACAUGGAUGAGACCACCGGCGGGUGACAUCGACGAUAGAGUGCGCGGGAUAUUGACGCAGCUCGGCUACAGAAUUGCACUCUGGAAUCACGACACGUUUGACUGGAAAUCAAACGCGGAUCCCACCUUUGACUUGAAUUGGAUCACGGGUAACUUCUCCCAGUGGGUUCAUAACACUUCUUAUUCGAAGAACGGCUACGUAUCCUUAGAGCAUGACCUGUUCAACACCUCUUCAUCGAAAAUCCCGGCGGCCUUGGAUAUCGUGGUUGGCGCAGGCUUUAAUGUGAAACAAUUAUCAAACUGUCUUGGCGACAAAAAACCCUACCUCGAGGAUGUGAGUCUACCUGCCUCCCCAUGUAAGGCAGGGAGUGAAACUGAUACGGCCAAGCUGACGUCAUCGGGCAAUUCCUUGAUUCCCAAAUAUUUAACCGAGUUCAUAGCAUUUACGAUAUUAAUAUUUGUAGUUACCAACAGAUCGAUUUUUUAA